AUGCUCGUCUUCCCUUCGCAGUACUUGGAUUCCGAUUCUAUCAUGAUUCGCAUCACCACAUCCGCGCAGUUUUUCAUACAGCCCAACCUCUCCCAGCUUCACCCCCGUUUUACGCCCCAAUCGGUGAACCCGUGGCGCCUCAUACCCCAGCCAUUCCACCAUACUCACCUCGUUGCCGUUCGUCUCGUGCGCACCACGACUGCUCGUUACAACCAACCCGGUCGCCCCUAUGCUAAACAAAACGACGGGAGCGUCAAUUUCCGCCCAACGCGGUCUCACCUACUGUUCACAUCAGCCCCUCCCAGCAUCACUACCGCCCUGACGCCCCAAUCCGUGGACCCGUGGCGCCUCAAACCCCAGUCGCAUCACCAGACCCAUCACGUUGUUGUUUGUCUCGUGCGCGCCACACCUGCUCGUUACACCUCAAAAUUCCGCCCAACUCGUCCCGCCUACCGCGACCCGGAUGGGGGGCCCUUGGAGCCGCCAGACAUCGGCUUGCUCCCUCCGCUCUUUUUCCCAGCCAUUGACGGCUUCGACUUCUCGCUCGACCUGCCCUACCGCGCAGGACCCGCUUGCCCUGCUGCUAACAACCUUCCGGCGCUCCCCUCGUCGCCUCCCUUGCCGUCGUCGCUCUCCAACAUCAUCCAUCCCCUGCUGGCCUUGCUUGCGCCCUUGACCUCGACGCCGGCGCCCUGGCCGCGCUCAUCUCUUCUCCCUCCCUCCCUCCGACCUGUCCCUCCUCCCCGCGCCAUCCAGCCGACGCCCGCCCUUCUCCCGUGUGUCUCCCGCCCCGUCUCUACCACCCUCCUCAACGCCGUCUCUGUCGCCCUCUCUGCCGCCGUCCAUGCUGCCCCCCCUCACCCGUGGUCCCGCACCCACCGGUCCCCCGGCCUCUGA